CUCUUUAAUAGAAUCAUUGACGAACUAGCCCCUUGUUGUUACUUGAUAUACAUAUACAUAUACACACACAAAAAUAUGCUUCCACAACACAAAAAGCUAAUGCUCCGCAACAGGUGGAGCCUUGUACUCGCAAGCAGUUUGAUGGUUGCAACUUUCUUGCACCACGUCAACGCACAUGUGACAAUGAUAUAUCCAUUACCAAGAGGACAUCCUGCAAACCCAAACGCAGAGUUCCUAGAUCAUGAUUGUACCAAUGCACCUUUGUACGAUGGGUGUGCUGGUGGCAGGAAAAUAUUUCCCUGUGGAAACUACCCUCCAGACAAACAAAUCACUCAAACGUUUGAGGCAGGUCAGAUUGUCAACGUUCGUUUUGCUAGUUCUGAGUUUGGGUUGCCUGGACAACCAACUCCGUUGCCAACAUCGGAUCAGGCACGCCACUCAGGAGGAUUGUGUGAGUUUAGUUUAAGUUAUGAUCAAGGAAAGACUUUCGGAGUCUUUGCACGGUACCACAAAUCCUGUCCCGACCUGCUUUAUGAAUGGCCUGUCAAGCUACCAGAUAACUUGCCUUCCUGUGAUAACUGUAUCUUUGCAUGGAGUUGGACUGGUGCUGUGGGAGCGGUACCAGAGUACUAUAUGAGCUGUGCUGACAUCAAGAUUACAGGAAAAGUUCCACAAGGUGGUCUACCCCCUGAAGUUGCCAGUACAUCAUUGCGGCUAGCAAACAUGCCAGGAUACCCGUACGACUAUUAUCCUGGAGAUGGGUUCGGGAAUAUGAAGGGUACUGGGCCGAGCCCUGAGGAACUCGAUGCGAACAUGAGAGGCGCUACUGGAGGACCAGAUCCCAAUUCACCACCUUUGCAAAGGAGGAGAAGAAGUUUGGACAGUAAAAAUAGAGGGGUGGACAGGCGGGAUGGAAGGCGUGCUAUAUAAUAAAACAAAUAUGAUGAAUAACUGUCUUAACGAUUCCCUUUUUUAAAUAAAAGCUUGAAUUCAACGAUAAAAAAAAACUACAUGAAUGAAACAGAUAAUGAAUGAUACUCUAAAAAACGCC